CCUCUACAAAGAGUGCCAGCCAGGAGCGCAGGCGCAAUGAUGAGGAAGAUUUGAAGAAAUCGAAAGCUAACUGGAGAAAAAAAAGCUCAUCCAAGUCCCGCCCCCUGCUGCAGUCCUGGCCCCGCCUCCAUCCCUGCUUAGCUAUAUAAGGCAUGACCCUGCAUUCAACAAACGAGACUUGAUCAGACCACUGUCUUGUUUCCAUUUCUUGUGUCUCUUGUCUCUGCAAAUUCCCACUCCCUUCUCCAAGGUCUGCGUUGACGAUCCCGCGGGACGGGACACGUGGCGCCCAACGCGAAGCUUGGAUACGAGGGAAUUACGUGAGGAAGAGGGCGCAAAAGGCCGACGAUUCAAGUAAAAGAAAAAUCCCUUUCGCCGCCGCGGGAGCCUGCUGCCUCGGAAUUGUAAAAUGAACCGUAACAACCAACUUCUGUGGAACAUCAUCUUGAUGUUCGGCAUAGUUGCCAUCCACGCUGGUUUUGACGAUCCUCGUAAGGCUAUCGAGUUGGUGCAAAAACAACACGGUAAGCCCUGUGACUGCAAUGGCGGAUAUAUAUCAUCCGCCCCAACAUCCUCGCUCUCGCAAGUAGUCUGCUCAGGUAAGACAGCCUAUCUACUAUCUGAUCAGAAGUGGAAGUGCAAAUCACCCCCUAAAGCCAUAUCCCCUAGUGGGCCACUUAAGCCUUGCCCCUGCGAUUCCUUUAAACAAUCUAUGCACAGCUCCUGCUAUACUGAAUAUGAACAAUGCACAUCAGGCAACAAAACGUACUAUACUGCUGUUCUACAAGAAUCGCGUUCUGCAAGUGCUGGAGGUGACUGGGGUACAGUCCAGGUCUUAGGGGCCACUAAUAAACUCAUGCAAUCCUCCUGUGAAGGCGUCAAAGGACAGCGGGUCUGUUGGAAUAUUCAGGCCCCUGUUCAUAUUUCCGAUGGGGGAGGCCCGCAAGACACAGUUAGAGAAAUAGUUGUUCAAAAGAAGCUUGAAAAAAUUCAUAAAGCCUUAUAUCCCCAAAUCCAUGAUCAUCCCUUGGCUUUACCUAAGACAAGAGACAGCACCAUGCUGGGCACUCAAACUUUUGAAAUACUUAAUGCUACAUACAAUAUGCUUAAGGCUUCCAAUUCAAACCUCGCUGAGGAUUGUUGGCUUUGUCUACAAAUAGGGCACCCUCUGCCUCUUGCUAUACCUGUCCAUGCCAAUUACACCAGUUAUUAUCCUAGUAAUGGUUCCUGCCCUGUCAUCCCCCCUCUUUUAGUACAGCCCAUGCAGUUUUCUAACUCCUCUUGUUUUAUCUCCCGCUCCUUUAAUCAUACUGAGGAAAUUGAUGUAGGCUACGUCACAUUCAACAACUGCAGUACCGUAGUUAACAUCUCAGAGCCCCUUUGUGCUAUCAAUGGCUCAGUGUUCGUCUGCGGGAACAACAUGGCUUAUACUUACCUGCCCCAAAACUGGACAGGGGCCUGUGUCUUAGCCUCCCUUCUCCCUGACAUAGAUAUCAUUCCAGGAGAUGAGCCUGUCCCCAUCCCUGCCAUUGAUCAUGUCAUAUACAGGCCAAAGCGAGCAGUACAGUUUAUCCCCUUACUUGCAGGACUAGAAAUAUCUACCGCAAUAGCGGCCGGAUCUACAGGCCUAGGAGUCUCGUUAACUCAAUACACCAAGUUAUCCAAUCAAUUAAUUUCAGAUAUACAGGCCAUACCCAGCACCAUACAAGAUCUACAAGACCAGGUAGAUUCACUGGCAGAAGUAGUACUACAAAAUAAAAGAGGCUUAGACUUACUAACCGCAGAACAGGGAGACAUUUGCUUGGCUCUACAGGAGAGAUGCUGCUUCUAUGCUAACAAGUCUGGAAUUGUCAGAGACAAAAUAAAAAAUCUACAAGAAGACCUGAAAAAGCGUAGAAAAGAACUGGCCGCCAACCCGCUUUUGACCGGGUUCCACGGACUUCUUCCCUACCUCCUGCCGUUUUUAGGCCCUUUGCUUACCCUUCUGUUAUUUCUUACUUUAGGACCUAUGAUAUUUAACAAGCUCAUGGCAUUUGUUAAACAACAAAUUGAAGCCUUCCAGGCAAAGCCUAUACAGGUCCAUUAUCAUCGCCUUGAAAUGAAUGAACAAGGUGGGUCACAUCUAGCCUUAUAAAACCACCUCCCCUGUGUGCUGAACUGGACAGUCAAUGACGGGUAAGAGGGCACCAUCCUCCAUAAGCGACAAUCAGGCCUAAGACAGGACGGCCGCCAUUGCUGCUGCCUAAUCCCAUGACGGGCCCAUAGUUAAGGUUGCGUUGCCCCAACCUAAGACAGGCGCAGUUCCCGAGGGGGUUUCUUCAUUUGGCUUGAAAAAUUAAAAAAGGGGGACCUGUCCAGAGCCGCGAGGCCCAGCCAUAGCCAUUUACUCUUGGUGCCUGGGCUUGAUAACCUUCCACCCUGCGUCUUAUCUCUAGAGCUAUUCUCUUAACUAUUCUCUUAACAAAAUGGCACAUUUCUGGGUUCUUCACCAUUCAUUUUCCCGCCUCUACAAAGAGUGCCAGCCAGGAGCGCAGGCGCAAUGAUGAGGAAGAUUUGAAGAAAUCGAAACCUAACUGGAGAAAAAAAACUCAUCCAAGUCCCGCCCCCUGCUGCAGUCCUGGCCCCGCCUCCAUCCCUGCUUAGCUAUAUAAGGGAUGACCCUGCAUUCAAUAAACGAGACUUGAUCAGA